AAGCGAAGAGGGAGAAGACAAAGAAGAUUGCGCGCUCGAGAGUGGACGAGCCAUUCGAAACUCGACAAAGCUGUUCUCACCGCGCAGAAGAGAGCAAACAGACAUGCCGACCAGCAGCGUCUCACCAGGUUUUUACGAGUGGACCAUGUCCGUUCCCCGCGAACUCUGGAACCCCCAGCACCCGGAGCUGCUGCUAGCGGCGAGGCCGUACGCCAUGGUCGAGACUGUCCUGGGCUACACUUUUCGGGACAAGGGUUUCCUACUGAUGGCUUUCACCCACGAGUCGUUUCCGCCCGCUUCUCGCAUCGUUCCGGGAUACAUGCGUCCCUUGGACUUCAUGGGCGACGCCCUGCUGAAGGAACUGCUGACCGUCCACCUGUACGGGACCAUCUAUCCCCUGACGCCGAAGGCGCUCCACGAGACGCGCAAGCGCCUCGAGUGCAACCGCUUCUUCGGGUACGUGGUGGUCCACCACGGGAUGCACAAGCUGCUCCGGUCCGCGUCCUCGGCGCUCAGCGAGGACAUCGUUGGAUACGUGAGGAAACUGAGGGACGGGGAGUAUCCGGGCUUCCGAAUUGGUGCUCCUCCCAAGCCCCUAGCGGACGCCUUCGAGGCCCUGGCAUCAGCCGUGUACUUGGACUCGGACCAGAGCAAGGCUACCCUGUGGCGUUCCUUCUUUCCCCUGCUGCGGCGCCAGAUCAACGUGGAGCUCCAGAAUACCGCUGCCAUAGCCACAAGGAGGCGCAGCUCUGUGACCAGCGGCAGCGAGUCGUCCGAUGAAUAAACGCCGCUCGCCGAAUGCUUACUUCCCGCCUAAACAGUGACGCAUUGGAUUCGCAUUUCCGCUGCAUAAUUAUCCCGUAGUCUACUUUCCAUGAGAAUAAAGAAAAAUAAGCUUCUUCA